GGAAGGAAGGAAAGGGAAGGAGGGAGGAAGGGUGGGGGAGGGACAGUGAAGCAUUAAGAGAUAGCGACAGAGUAAGAGAGUCCCUCUCAGAGGCCGGGGCCAUGCAGUGGGCCUGGGUCCUGGGCUUCCUUUUGGCCCUGGGGUCCCUUGGCGCUGGGGAGGACCAGAAGGGCCCGAGGAGGAAGGGGAAGGGAGCCUGGCCCGAGGCCCAGGCCGACCAACAAGAGAGGGAGGCCCUUCUGCUUAAGCACUUACAGGAGGCUCUGGAGCUGUCCCCUUUCCAAGAGCCAAGGAGUCCCCCUGGAGCUUUUGAGGGGGAGGGGGCCCAGGGAGCCGAAGAGGAGGAGGAACCCACUGGGACUCCCCCGCCAAGCCUCGCACCGACCCCGACCCCCGAGGAUGCCAUUUCCUAUGUCUUGGGUCGCCUGUCGGGGCUGGACUCGGGGCUGCACCAGCUGCACGUCCGGCUGCACGCUCUGGACGCCCGGGUGGCGGAGCUGUCCCGGGGCCUGCAGCUCCUGAGGAAGGAGGCCCGAGAGACCCGGGAGGCCGUGGAGGCCCUGGAGGAGGCCCAGAAGCAGGGCCAGCGGGAGCGCGGGCGGCUGGAGGGCUGCCUGAAAGGCCUCCGCCUGGGCCACAAGUGCUUCCUGCUGUUCCGGGACUUCCAGGCCCAGAGCGCGGCGCACGCCCUGUGCGGGGCGCGCGGCGGCGGCCUGGCCAUGCCGGCGGACCGCGCCCAGAUGGAGGGCCUGACGCGCUACCUGAAGGCCGCCCUGGCCCCCUACAACUGGCCCGUGUGGCUGGGCAUUCACGACCGCAGGGCCGAGGGCCUCUUCCUCUUUGAGAACGGCCAGCGGGUCUCCUUCUUCGCCUGGCACCGAGCCCCGCCCCCGGACGGCCCGCCCGCCCCUCAGGGCCCCGGGCACCCGGCCCUGGGGCCCGACCAGCCCAACGGGCGCGAGCAGGAGAACUGCGUGGCCCAGGCCUCGGACGACGGCUCCUGGUGGGACCACGACUGCGAGAGACGCUUCUACUACGCCUGUGAAUUCCCCCAGUAGGGCCGGCCCGUGGGCCGCGGCUCCGGGCCUCCUUAGCCCUCCCACCUUCCCGGGCCCCUUCUGGCCCAAGGUAGCCCUUCCUUCCCGGCCGGCGCUUCUCCCCAACCCCCGAACUGCCCUCGCCUCCCCGUCUCCUCCCUCCCUUUGGGGAGCCCCAGAACCCUUCCAGCCAGACCCAGCCUGUGACCCCCAGCCUGCCCCUCCCGGGGCCAUCUCCCCACGGGGGCGGCCCAGAAGCAGAACUGGGGGCGCUCA